AUGAUAUCGUGGAUAUUAAUUCUUAUUAUUACCUUUACAAGGUUUACUACAUGUAAGAAUGGAUAUGGUUUUAAAUCACCACCUAUGGGAUGGAAUCCAUAUAAUGCCUUUACUUUCGCAUUCAAUGAAACAAUAAUUAAGAAUCAAGCGGAUAUAAUAGUUACUGGAGGCUAUUUGAAAGUUGGAUAUAGAUAUAUAAAUCUUGAUGAUAGCUGGCAAGCACCUAAUAGAACAGCUGAUGGAACACUAUCUUAUAACACAGACAAGUUUCCCUCUGGAAUAAAAGCUCUUUCAGAAUAUAUACAUGGCAAAGGCUUACUUUUUGGAAUUUAUUCAGAUGCUGGAACCGAAACUUGUGGUGGCCUUCCUGGAUCACUUGAUCACGAAGAAAUAGAUGCGAAAACAUUCGUAGAAUGGGGUGUUGACUAUUUAAAGUAUGAUAAUUGCUACAAUAAAAAUAGACCUGAACAAGAACGUUAUCAAAAAAUGGGGAAGGCACUUAAGGAUGCAACUAAAGGCACAGAUAAGACUAUUUUUUAUAGUAUCUGUGAAUGGGGACAAAGUAAUCCUUGGUUAUGGGGACCUGAUGUCGGAAAUAGUUGGAGAACUUCUGUUGAUAUUAAUGGGUUCUGGACGUCGAUUUUAUCAAUAAUAGAUUCGCAAGUAAGACUUACACAAUAUGGAGGGCCAGGAGGUUGGAAUGAUCCUGAUAUGCUUGCAGUGGGUUUUGAUGUAAUACCUCCUAUUGAACAAAUAACGCAUUAUGCAUUUUGGGCUGCUAUGAAGGCCCCUUUAAUACUUGGAUGUGAUCUUAAUAAAGUUAAUGAUGCAUCAAAAGCAUUAAUAUUAAAUAAAGAUAUAAUUUCUGUAAAUCAAGAUCCUCUUGGAUUAUCUAUAUGUCAGGUUUAUUAUAAAACCUAUAAUGAAACUUCUUUUGAUAUUUGGACCGGACCGCUUAUUGAUGGAUAUGUUGCAAGUUUGUAUCAAAAACUUUAUACUUUAUUAACAAAUUAUUAA